UAAAAAAGCAAACGAAUACGUUCUCUAUACUAUUGUGUGCAAAUUCUGGCAUUCUUGGUUACAAAUGACCGAUCGCUUGUAGCAUUCAAGGAUAUGUUCAUGGUUAGUCUGGGAAAGCACAUGGACAUAGACAGCACGAUAUUUCUUUGCGAGGUGAGAGAUGCCCAUCUCUUUGGGAAGGUGAUGUUCUUUAUAAAGGUGAGGAGCAUCUGCAGAGAGGUGUACAAGAAGUGCAAGGACAGAAACGUAAUUAUCAAAGUGUGGAAUUUCUGCAACAGCAACGAGGAGAUGCGCCAGAUAGACGUGCUGAAGGAAGUAAUUAACGAGUUCAACAGCAAGGAUCACGUCGAGGAGGCGGACAAAGACAGAAAGAUGAGGUUAUGCGAUGAUAAAAGUAGCGGCGAGGAGGAAAAAAACAAAGAGAACGAGAACACAGGAUGCAAGAAUAAAGAAAAUGUGCAAAGCGUGAAGACUAAAAGCAGAAAGAACGUUGAUGCCCGUCGAAUAGUGGGAGUUAUCAAGCUAGAAAAUUACCAGAAGGGCGAUCAAAUACUGUACGGCCUGCAGAACCUCUCCGAUCCCGAUCUUGAUCUGCUUUACUACAACCUGUCUGGUGACUUGAUCGAUAUUUCAAACGCGAUAACGAAGCUGAUCAGCGAGCACAACGCAAUACGUAGGAAAAAAGAAGCAGCGUUCGGUGAGAAUAUCAAAAACAAGAUAGAACGAAAGAUCGAAGAUAAACACACCGUGGAUGAGUCGAUGAAUGAUACCUACAAUGUAGCGCUUGGAAAGGAGACAUACAACGUGAACGUCAAGGUGUAUGAAGAAUGGCUUUACAGGAUAUUCGAUAGCAAGGAUAAGUGUCUAAAAAAUAUUGUCGAUGAAAAAGAAAGUGUCGAGAGUAUAGCAAACCUAGCCGAUUUUUCGAAACUUUUCGGCAGUGUAUAUCAAAAAAAAUUUAACUAUUUCGAUAAGAAGCUGUGGUCCGAUACUUUCUACGUUAAUUUGUGUGUUUUCCUUGUAAUAUGCCUGUCUAAUAUUUAUCUGGUGAAGAGAAUAUUCUUCUGAUGCCACAAACC